UGGCUGUUAUAAUGCUGUAAAAGAAACGAAAUGAAAUGAAAAAACUUCCUCCGAUCUCGGCGAGAGAGAGAGACGAUCACUGAGUGAGAGAAAUGGAUCAGAUCUUGAACAAGGUGGGAUCGUACUGGUUAGGUAAGAAGGCAAACAAGCAGCUCGAUUCCGUCGGUGACGAUAUCAACUCUCUGUCUACCAGCAUCGAAGGAGGAACAAAAUGGUUGGUGAACAAAAUCAAAGGGAAAAUGCAGAAGCCAUUGCCCGAGUUACUAAAGGAGUUUGGUUUGCCUGUUGGGAUCUUUCCACGCGAUGCAACCAACUACGAGUUCAAUGAACAGACGAGGAAGCUUACCGUCUUUAUUCCUUCAGUCUGCGAAGUUGGCUACAAAGAUUCAUCGGUCUUGAGAUUCACCACAACAGUUACCGGAUUUCUCGAGAAAGGAAAGCUAGCCGAUGUUGAAGGGGUGAAAACAAAAGUAAUGAUAUGGGUUAAAGUCACAAGUAUCUCAGCAGAUUCAUCAAAGGUCCAUUUCACGGCAGGGAUGAAGAAAACCAGAAGCCGUGAUGCUUAUGAGGUUUUGAGAGAUGGCGUUGAGAUUGAUAAAUUCUAGCUCUGUUUUGCGGGUAAUUCCCAAAUUCUUUAAUCCUCUUUUAAGUCGUAUCUCUAUCUUCUUAAGUUUCAACUUCCCUAGCCUUAUAUUUCUUUUAAAUUGGUUUUGUAAAUGCAAAGUUUCAAUUAACUUUGGAGUUUCUGAAGUUGAUGAAUUGAAUUGAUUCUACUCUGAAAGACAAAAA